UUCAAAGCGGCCGUUGGGCGCGGGAUGGAACGCGGGCGCAAAAGGGGACUCUCAGUGAGGCGGUCAGGCGGCUGCUUCCGGUGAGGGAAGCGUUUCUGUCGGGGGCGGGGCCUGAAGCGGUUGCCAUGGCGCUGCUCACUUCCUGCGCCAGGCGUCGCAGAGGCUCCUUCCAGAAGCCCCAGGCUUGAAGCUUACCUGUUGCAGAGAUGUUGCCACCCAAGAAGGAGCUGCAACCACAAUGCCUUCAGAGAACAGCAAAGGUGAAAAGAGGAUCUCAGUUGUCAGCAGUAAACUGGAAUGUGUUAGCAGAGAGGACCCAGCAUGUGGUUCCUGUUGGAGCUUGGGUUGAGAGUACCCAAGAAUACGCAGAGCAGGAAGAGAGCCCAGUUUUUUCCACAGCAGCUCGAAUUGAGAAAGAAUACAAAGAACAACUAAAAGAAAAAGAGCGGAGCCUAAAACGUUUUCAAGAAGAAGUGAAACACAGGGUGAACCAACGUGUUAAACUGAGGAGAAAACAGCAGCUGCAGAAGUCCUACGAAGCCGCUCUAAAAGAAAGCUCUGUGGCAAUAGGAUUUUCAGAUUCUGCAUUGCAGUUGACACCCAAGAAAAGCACAUGUUUGUACAGAUGCAGCACUGAUUCUUCCAUCUGUAAGUCUGGUAGCAAACUCAUCUCUGGGGAAGAACCUACAUUCAUGAUAGAAUGGGGAGAAAAAGCACAAGCCAAAACGGUAAAGAAGACAGUACAACAGGCUGUCCGUCACAGACUGGCUUCACGGAAAUCUGCGUCAGGUGAUGCUCCUCCAGAGCUUCCAGGAGGUGCUUGGAAGAGUUGUACAGAUAAAAAGAUGCCAGGAUCUUGCAAUACAACUUCAGUAAAUGCAGAAAAGGGUGUGGAUGAAGAUUUUCCUCUUGUAGGAUGCCAUGAUCUUCCCACAGAACUGCAAAAUCAAGAACAUCAAGGAAAGGACCUGAAUUAUAUUAUAGAGUUUAAAAAAGUUAAUAGUGAGAUAUUAAAAGGAACUUUCUCAGCAUCUGGUACUGAGAAUUGGGCUCCCCAGAUACUUUGGCCUGGAAGAGAGAUAGAAGAGUCAAAGAAGGAGCGUCAAAGUCAGUAUCUGAGAUACAGAAGACUCUUCAUGGAUAUUGAAAGAGAACAAGUAAAGGAGCAACAAAGACAGAAGGAAUGCCAAAGGAAAAUGGACAAAAUUAAGAGAGAAAAAGAGCAACAACGCCAUAUAGAGGAACAAAGGAUCAUGGAGAAGUACCAUGCAAAGGAACAGGGGAUACAGGAAAGGCUCUCCCAGGAAGAUGCUAACUCCAAGGGAAAAGCUUGUGAAAAACUGGAACAUCUUAAACUAGAGGAUUCAAAAGAUAGGGAAAAGGUAGUGGAAAAACAUCAGCGAAAUAAGGAAUAUGCACGAUAUGCAGAAGCACUGCGAGCCCAGAUGCGGGAGAAAAUCAAAAUGUAUAAUAUCAAUUUGCCUCCAUUGUGCUUUUGUGGGUCAGAUUUCUGGGACUCUCAUCCAGAUAGUUGUGCCAACAACUGUGUAUUCUAUAAAAACCAUAAAGCUUAUGCCCAGGCGCUGCAAUCUGUCAUCUCAUCUUGUAAUGUUCUUGAUGGUGGUUCAAACACAAGACUUGCUGUCCAUACUUUUGCUACCGUACAUGCUCAUUCAAAGAAUUCCUGAAAGAGAACUUGGGAAUUUUUGAAAUGGUUAACAGAAUCUCCAGAUUGUUGGAUUGUAUCAAAGCCUUCCCUCCACCAAGGACUGUAAACCUAACUUGUGAAAUAUUGGUUGUGAAGAAAUGUUCUGUAAAAAGGUGAUCACCAGUAGGACAGCAUUAUUGCGGACAAAGAAAGCUGGUGCUUAAAAAGGCAGGAUUGGUGAAGUACUCACAUGAAAGGAACUUAAGUGAAAGUAUGAGCCAUAAAACAUUGCUAGGUAAGAACUAGUAAAUACAAAAAAGUGGGUGCUAUACGGGAUUUUGUUCUGUUUGACUAACUAGACAACUCAUAAUGUGGAAAUAUGAAGUAUAGAAACAGGUUCUUCAGAUGAUAACAUUUUUCUUCCCAUUAUUGCAAUAUGAACCCAUAUUUUGGGCUGGAAUGCUUCUGAACACUUCUUCCGAGAGAGAAACUUUAAAGUGAAGGUUUGGAUCGCUUUUGGCAAAGGAAAUUGCUAUGAGAUACCAAAGUCCUCUAAUGCACAGCUUUUUCAACUGUAUUUUAUAGUUACAACCACACUGUUUUGGGUAACAUGCAGGAAGAUUGUUCUUUGUUGUUGAUCCAUUCUAAUAAAGAUGUUUUAUAUUUUUGUGUCAA